GCAGACCUCCUCUAAAGAAAUAAUCGAAGAAUUCUUCCACCAUGGCCAUCGCCAAGUCCCUUUUCCGCAAGCCCGUGGUCGAGGCCGAGGUGCCCAAGCGCGAGGGCCUCGCCCUGCUGGGCCUCGGCCGCCACCGCAAGGCGCUCGACGUGACGGUGGAGAACACCCCGUCCUCGCGCCGCGUGACGCGCAAGCACAAGCGCAGCUACGCUGGCCGCCAGCAGCAGCAGCAGCCUCAGAAGCCCGAGUGCAGCUGCAGCUGCGGCGCCGUGUACGACCAGUGCCUCAACGACGCCAUGACGCUCAAGGCGCGUCUGCACCGCGACAACUCCAAGCCGGCCACGCGCUUCCGCCUCGCGGCCAUGAAGCGCGUGGUGGUGCCGCCCGUGUCCAUCCCCAAGUCUAUCGCCGAGCACCGCGGCAGCAAGGACCUCGUGGGCGGCCACCGCGUGCCCUUCACGCGCUGCAUGUGGGAGACCGAGAAGAUGCGCCAGCAGCUCGUGCUGCGUCGGCUCUACAUGCUCCCGAUGCUGCGCGAGGACGCGUGCCUCGAGGCAUGAGCGGCCACCUCGUCAAUUUUUCCCACCUUUUAAAACACUAUCCAUAGCUUGUAAAUACCCCAAC